GCGGUGGGCGGUGGACGGACUCCGAGUGCGGGCGUCGAUCAGCCGGCCGAGGCUCCAGCGUGGGGGAACCUACUGGCCAAAUUGUGCAUACCACCAACACGAGUCCCUACAGACAUAAACAUCAAACACAUCAACUUUCCCACAUUCUUGUCACGAUGAACAGGCUUUUCGGAGGAAGAAACACGGGCCCGAAGCCUACCUUGAAUGAUGCUAUCGGCAAUAUGCAAACCCGCGUCGAUACCAUCGACGUGAAUAUCGCAAAGAUCAACGGCGAGUUGACGACGUAUCAACAGAAGCUGGCCCGCAUGCGCGACGGCCCCGGAAAGAACGCCAUCCGACAGCGCGCAAAGGCCUGUCUCGAACGCCGACGCAUGUACGAAAGCCAGAAAGAUCAGCUCAUGAGCCAGCAAUGGAACAUGGAGCAAGCGACAAUGAUGCAAGACAAUCUGCGUAACACCAUGACCACCGUCGACGCCAUGAAGACCACCACCAAGGAACUCAAGAAGCAGUACGGCAAGAUCGACAUUGACAAGAUCGACAAACUACAGGAUGAGAUGGCAGACCUCAUGGAUAUUGGCAACGAGAUUCAGGAGAGCAUCAGUCGCAGCUACGAUGUGCCUGAGGACGUCGACGAGGCCGAGUUGGACGCCGAGCUCGAGGCUCUGGGCGAAGAGGUCGAUCUUGGAGAGGGUUCAUACGAAGGUGCUGACUCCAUGCCUGCCUUCAUGAUGGACCAGAGUGCCCCUCCCCAGUUCAUCGAUGAGCCUCCGCAAGACAACAAGGUCAAGGAGGCUGCUGGCUAGGUCCGUCUUAUUCAAGACCGCUUCUUUCUGUCUAAUGAAUUACGACAUUCCGCUGGAUACCCAUUACCAAUCCCCAACCACUGCUGUACAUAUAUCUGCUCUUCGCUUCUGACGCGAAGUCUAUCAAAAUGCUGAUACCAAGUUCCACCAUCUCUAUCUGCGCAUUAAGCUUCUACGACUGCAGUCUCCAGCCCCUUCUUGCCAAUGGAUAUCUUCGCCCGAGGUCUGUGGUCGCAUCCUUUUCCUUGUCUAGGUUCCAUGACUUGCUUGUCAUCUAUCUUUCGGUU